AUGAAAACAGACUUUGGGCUGCUGGUAGGAGCACCAAGGGCAGAAUCUGGCCAACCGGGAACUAAACAGGCUGGUGCAGUGUUUGCUUGCCAGGUUUCGGCGACUUAUACUAACUCGGGACCACAGUGGUGUAGGCAGCAGUUGGUGGAAUACAGCAGAUAUGAAGAGUUUAAUAAAAAUUUAACUUAUGAUAGAUCGCACUAUCCUCACUUUGUCCAUCCAGAAGGAAAGGAUGGUCAAUUGCUUGGAACAGUGGUUGUUUCAUCAGCAAUAAGUAAAGGAGUUGCUGGUCGAGCAGUUGCAUGUGCACCGUUGAAAAGGUAUUAUAGUGCUGCCUACACAGAAGGCGAAUGCUUUGUCUUGAAUGAAAAUUUGACACUUAUUGAUAGUCUUUUGCCUUGUCAAAGUCUGUCACAUACGGAUCGGCACAAUGAUUAUGGUUCUUGUAUGGAAGGCUUUUCAGCUUAUGUGGGAAGUUACUCUUUGAAGGAUAAUCCUACUGUUGAUAUGGUAGUUACUGGCUUACCUGGAGCCAGGAAGUGGACAGGUGGGGUUGCUGCAAAAACCUAUCCGAAAGAUCUUUAUGCGAGCUCGAAAGAAAGUCGUUCUAUGGCAGUUGGUGAGGGAGGAAUAUUGUCUAAACUACAAGCUCAUGACUAUCUGGGUUAUUCGGUUACAAGAGGGAGAUAUGGUUUUUGGCAUGAAGACGGAGGGAGUUCAACAAUCGCGUCUGGAGCCACAAGACUUUAUGAGCGUGGUGCCGUGAUCUUUCUUCCUUUACUGUUUGAGCGACAAGGAACGAGUGAACUGAGGCUCACCGAGGACUCGUUUAUCAUUAACGGAACACGUCUCGGUUCUGGUUUUGGCUAUGCAAUUGCCACUGUUGACUUAAAUAAUGACGGUUUCGAUGACCUUAUUGUGGGAGCACCUUUUGAAUAUUCGGGAAAAAUAACAGAAGGUGGUGCAGUCUAUGUAUACUUCUCAUCCGGAGUGAAACGUGGCAAAUUUGAGAGCGCUAAGGUUUUCUUAAAACCCAUUCGUAUUCUUGGUAAAGGGAGCUACUCACAGUUUGGUGCUUCAAUAGCGCCUUUGGGGAACAUCGAUGGUGACCCACACCAUUUGAAUGACUUUGCUGUUGGUGCUCCCUUUGCUGAUGGUGGUGGGAGCGUGUUUAUUUACAGCGGAGCUAGAACUCCAGAAGAAUUCAAUCGUGAUGCUGAGCAGGAAAUUAGUGCUAGGAAUCUGGCAAAUCUCUUUCCUGGUCGGGGCGACCUGGAAACUUUUGGUUUCUCGUUGUCUGGUUUAACAGAUUUGGAUGGGAAUGGUUAUAACGAUCUGUUGGUUGGUGCAUAUGCGUCCGAUGCCGUAGUUCUUCUUCGAGCUAGACCUGUAAUAAACAUUGAGGCAUGGCACGUUGAGAAGGAUAUGAAAAUAGAUAUUAAAAAACCUAAUUGCCCUGAGAAAGCAGCCACUUGUUUCAAUAUAACUACUGCCAUAUACGUUGAUCCAAAUUUCACAAAUACAAAACUAUUGGAUUUUGCCACUGAUGUAUUCAACUGCACGUUACAGGUGAUGGCUUUAGAAAAGGGUGUUAACACUAGAGCUAAAAUUUUGUUUUCACGAUCAGAUGAGUAUUCUUGGAGCUGUGGACGUAAAACAGACCUGAGAGAACAAAGGCGUUCGAUUCCUGUCUACGUACCAAGGGCUAACACUGAUUUCAUCAAUGCUUUAAAAUUCCGCUUCUCAGUGAAAAUUCGUGAUCCCUCUACUCCGAAGUUUCCAAAAAAUGGUGGCAAAAUAGUAGACUUGAAUAAGUAUCCUGUUUUAAACAAAUUCGGUUCUGAGCAUGUGUUUACCAUUCCGUUUAACAAAGAAUGUGGAAGUGACGACGUAUGUUUGUGCGAUUUGGUUCUAAAACCAGCCCUUACUGGAAUUGCGCAAGAAAGAGACGGCACGUAUGUCACACAAGUGAAUGAAACAGCUGCAAUAAACAUAACCUUCUCGGUCACAAAUGUUGGUGAAAAAGCAUACGAGACGACCCUUUAUGUCGAUUAUAACAGUGCUGAGUUAGAAAUUCCAAUUGUGAAGAACAGGAGAGGUGGUAUAGUUAGCAUCAAAGCUACUGCCGCAAAUCUUACUGUAAUUUCGCUGGGAAAUCCUGUGGAACCUGAAAGCACUCUGGUUUUUGAGUUAAUAUUCAAACUGGCCAUUGGUCGUACCGGUGGAGUGGGAAAACCGUUGCAGUUUCAUGCGUUGGUCAAUAGCACAAGCGAGGAGACAAACCUGAAGGACAAUGAAUGGAGCGCUGUUGUUCGCGUUAUCAAGAAAGCCGAACUUGAACUUACCGCAGUGUCAAAUCCCGCACUAGUUCGAUUCGGCGGGCCUCCAAAAGGCGCAUCUGCAAUGAAAUAUGACGAGGAUAUCGGUCCUGAAGUUUACCACUAUUACCAUGUUGCAAAUCAUGGUCCAUGGGCUGUGAAUAAUAUAACGGUUGAGAUAAAUUGGCCGUACCAGUUGGCAAGCAGAUACACUCAAGGCAAAUAUGCUCUUUAUUUGGUCGAAUUACCGCUUAUAACAACGAGUAAUGUCGAAGAUGAAGACAGUUAUAAACGCUGCUCUGUAACGCUUCCACUGGCCUAUAUCAAUCCGCUUCAAGUAGUUAUUAGCAGGUCAUACACAGUGGAAGACGAAAUUAGGAGCCAAAGCAGAACCAGGAGAGAUGCUCCAGUAGGAGCAUCUAUUAAUGAGCCUUCUUCUGCUGCCGUUCGCGAAGAGAACGUCAAAAUUGAUGAAGAGAAAGGCGAGAAAUUUGCGGAUAUUAAUUGUGCAGACAAGACUGCUAAGUGUUUUACCAUAAAGUGCAAUGUUGACUUUCUGAGUGAGCACGCGACUGCAACAAUUGAGCUUCGGGCUCGACUGUGGAAUGCCACGUUUGUUGAGGAUUAUUCUGACAUGACCUAUGUGAUCAUCAGUUCGCAUGGGCGCAUCAUCCUAGAUCCUCAGCAAGGGAUUGAGCAGACUGACAAGAAUGACGACUCUGCUUUUGCUAGGACAGAUGCAUAUCCUGACCAGCCCAAAAUCAGUGAACCAAUCCCCCUAUACAUCAUCGCCAUCGCGGUUGUUGUGGGGAUCUUAAUUCUACUUCUUAUUGUGAUUAUUUUGUGGAGAUGCGGGUUCUUCAAACGAAGGCGCGCCAAUCAACCAAUUCUGCAGCAGGCAGAGCUCCAAAAAGGCAUUGAGUGGUCCGAAAGUUAG